AACAGAUUCAGAGCAGAUUCACAGCAAGCUCAUAGCACGCACGAGAUCAACUUCCAUUUUCCAUUCGCGAAAAUCAUGCAAACUCAAUGUUGUAAAGAAAGAAUCUGAGCCCAUCAAGAUGAGCUGUUCUGUGGAAUUACGCCAGCGUAGACAACAGGGGAUGGCGGAGGAUCCCCAUAAACUCGCGGCGAUGAUGAAUAAAUCUCAAAGAUUAGUACUUGGUCUAUUAGUUUUAUUACUGGUCGAUAUAAUUUGGGUUUCCAGCUCAGAGCUUACCAAAUACAUUUACAGAGAUGCUACGUUCAAAAAGCCAUUUUUUAGUACAUAUGUAAAAACGUCUAUGUUUACACUUUAUUUACUUGGCCUGUGCUUUUGGCCACCUUGGCGGGAGCAAUGUAAUAAACCUGCAACAUACAUGUUCAUAGAUCCUAAUGUUGAAGAUGAUAACUUUUAUUCAGAGGCUAAUACAAGUUUAAGUGAUCCGACGUUUGUUCCAAUAAAAACUCCGGAUCAUUGCGAUCGUUCGUCAGGUACAGAAAGCGACGAUUCGUCCAUCCGCUCUGUAAGAUUUAGUAAACUAGCAGAAGUACGCCACAUGUCGGAAAGUGAUGCUACAGAGGCUCUAUUGGCACGACUUAGUUAUCAAGCCAGCGUCAGAGCCGGGGAACAUGCGAGGCGACAAGCUAAUAAAUUCUCUGUACAAAAAGUGGCUAAAAUAGCCCUUAUGUUUUGUUUAUUUUGGUUUAUGGCAAAUUACACAUACCAAAUAUCAUUGGAACAAACUCAGGUCAGAAUCGUUACUGUAUUGUCUUCGACAUCCAGCUUAUACACUUUAUUUCUCGCUGCUUUUUUCCCCAGUAAUGGAGGAGAUAAAUUUACGCUAUCCAAAUUAACUGCUGUAGUAGUUAGCAUUUUCGGAUUGAUAUUAGUUGGUAUUUCGGAUUUAACUGUACAAAGUAAUAAUAUGUCGAUGGGCAUGAUAUUGGCUCUAGUCAGUGCUUUUUUUUAUGCUGCAUACAUUGUAUUUCUAAAAAGAAAAGUAGAUCAUGAAGACAAGAUGGAUAUACCAAUGUUUUUUGGCUUUGUGGGAAUAUUUAAUUUAACACUUUUAUGGCCUUUAUUCUUUAUUCUUCAUUAUGGUCAUUGGGAAGAAUUUGAAUGGCCCAAUAGCCAUCAAUGGACAUUUCUAAUUAUAAACGGUCUAAUUGGAACAGUUCUGAGUGAAGUUCUUUGGCUAUGGGGUUGCUUUCUGACAUCAUCUCUCGUAGCAACAAUGGCCGUAAGCUUAACAAUGCCCAUGUCGAUGGUAGCCGAUGUUCUCUUAAAAAAGGUUGAAUAUCCUUGUAUUUUCUAUUUGGGAAGCAUUCCAAUGCUCUUAGCAUUCUUGACGGUAUCUCUGUUAUCUUAUUAUGAUAAUUGGGAUCCUAUUAUGGAUUUAAUAAAAAGAUUUUUCGUCUGGAUAUGCAGGAGAAACAACAGAUUUACAAGGAUCCCAGAUCUUGAAGCAGAGCAAACAGAGUCUUUAAUAGGAAUAGAUAGUGGUGAUCAUGAAGCUUGAAUCAGACAAUACAAGAGAGAAUCGAGAACACGGUAAAACACAUCUUGUGUUACAUGCAUCAUCAUAAUAAAAAUUUAAUAAGCAUACGUUUCUCGUAUGUAUACGUGCCUCUAUUGGCCGUAAAUACCUGUCUCCAUCUCGUGAAAAUCUUUUGAAAAUCAUCUUAACAUCAGUUAUAUAUUUUAUAUCUUAUGAUAAAGUAACGAUCUGAUAUAAUCUAUCUGAUAUAAUAUCAGAAUUUUUCUUUCCAUAAAUAUGAAUAUAUGUCUUCAUUUCGCACUAAUUAUCAAACGAUUAUAGCCGGACAAUAAUCACAGUGAGUCAAUUUACAAACGUAUUAACAAUUAACAUACUUUGCUUUUAUAACUUAUGUAAUUCUGAAAUUAUCUAUUUGCAUUCCUUGAUGGCUUAUCUCUUGUAGACAAACCAGCAUAUUUGCAUAAACUGUGUUGUAAAAUCUGAUACUCGAUAAUCGUUAUUAUUUCAAGAUUAUGCGUGACUUGGAUAUCGCGCGCUAUAUUCAUUCUGUAAUCGAGUUCGAAAGAGCAAGAAAUUCAGUGUCUAAUCCGAAAUCUGUAUAUACUGUAUAAUAAGAAUUGAUGAGGAAAUAUCAAAGAAAUGUUCGUUUCGU